AUGUCCGAUCUCCAGGCGAACGUAUCCGAGACGAAGACUGGGUUCCACGUCGAGGGCUACGAGAAAAUCGAAUAUGAUUUCACUUUUGUUGAUGGAGUAUUCGACACCACCAAACCCAAUCUUGCUGAUUGCUACAAGACAUGGGGCCGAGUACUUGCUGUCACAGAUAAGAAUGUUUAUAAACUUUAUGGGGAAAAGAUGGAGCAAUAUUUCCAUCAUUUCGGCCUGCAGUUGACGGUCCACAAGACUUCCAUUGGGGAAAAGGCAAAGACAAUCGAUACGUUCUUGGGCAUUUGCGACUCAAUGACAGACUUCGGCAUUAUUCGAAAGGAACCGGUCUUGGUGGUUGGAGGUGGUUUGGUCACCGAUGUUGCAGGGUUUGCUUGUGCUGCAUACCGGAGAAACACCAAUUUUAUCCGUGUGCCUACCACUGUCAUCGGGCUCAUCGAUGCCAGCGUCAGCAUCAAAGUUGCUGUCAAUUACGGCCGGUACAAAAACCGCCUGGGAGCGUAUCACGCGCCUGUCCAUACUUUCUUAGACUUCACGAUGCUUCGCACUCUACCAGUUGCUCAGGUCCGAAACGGAUUUGCAGAACUGAUCAAGAUUUCUUCAUGUUCUCACCUCGAGGUCUUUAACCUUCUUGACAAGUAUUGUGAGCAGCUGAUCGAUUCGAAAUUCGGCCGAGCAGAUAACUCGGCUGUUGAGGUUCGAAAGGCGGCAGACGUUAUCAACCGUGAAGGUAUAUACGAAAUGUUGAAACUUGAGUCUCCGAAUCUCCACGAAAUCGGCUUGGAUCGUGUCAUCGCAUACGGCCACACUUGGUCUCCUCUGCACGAACUCAUUCCCGACACCCCUUUGCGACAUGGUCAUGCUAUCUCAAUUGAUAUGGCGUACUCGGCGACCUUAGCAAAGCAGAGGGGUCUUCUGACCGAUACUGAGCAUCGCCGCCUGUUUGCCUUGUUCUCCAGAGCUGGGCUUACACUUGAUCACCCUCAGUUUGACGAUGAUGUUCUUGAGAAAGGAACCACCGCCAUCCUCAAAACAAGGGAUGGCCAACUGCGCCUACCAGUGCCAAAUCCUCUAGGAAGUUGCAAAUUUUUAAACGACGUUUCCGACACGGAACUCAAGUCUGCACUGGUUGAACACAAACGGAUUUGCAAGACUUUACCACGGGAGGGUGCCGGCUUAGAGGCUUACGUCGAUACCAGUGAUACUGGUUAUACGGAUAACGUACUGGAAGCUGCCAAUGCUCGUGAGACUGCUGAUGAAGCUGAUCUCUUACAAAAAGAGCAACCCACUGAUGGUGUGAACGGUCAUGUUAAUGGUGACGCUUCUUCGUUGGAGAAGGCGAAGGCUGCCUUCAAUCCAAGUAAGAACAGCCAUUCAAAGAUCCACACAAACGGCAUCAGAGUCCAGGCAUAA